AUGUCGAACGCAACGACCUCAGCGAAGAUUGGAAAACCGCCAAACAACACGAGGGACUACAACAUCAUCAGGGGUAUCUACCGACAGUAUGGCGUUACGACACUCGACCCUAGUUUGGGUUACCUCUUCGCCGCAAAGGAGCCCGCGAACGCCGUCCACGAGUCUAAGCAGGGCGCCAUCAUCGCAGGAAUGAUUAUUGUCCUACUCGCCAUCAUCGUACCAACAGCAGGAAGACUUUGGGUUCGCGGACGGGGAGCACAAACCAAGUUCGGAUGGGACGACUGGGUUAUCAUAGCGGCGGCAACUCUCGCAGUGGUAUAUCCGAUACUGCAGAUCCUCGUCGUCGUCGACGCAGGAGGCGGCACACACACCUGGGAGAACACGUACGACGACUACCAGUUCUACUCCUACUACCUUACUAUCUGCCGACUUCUAUACUACCCCACGGUCGGCAUCAUCAAGAUAUCCAUCACUCUCUUCAUCAGACGGCUCGUCGACACGGCGUACAGGACGUGGAGAAUUCUUGCGGAUAUUUUCCUCGUCACGGUUGUUGCGUAUGUCAUUGCUGCCUUGUUCUGGAGCAUCUUCCUUUGCAAUCCGCCACGAGCUGUUUGGGACAGAGAGUUUGCAGGAGCCUUAGCAGAGCCAGCGACGUGUGGAAACCAGUUCCUCAGUGCGAAGGUCCUCAGCAUCAUCCACGUGGUGCAGAGUGUCCUCCUCCUCGCAACACCAAUCAUUAUCUUGUGGAGCAUUCGUAUUGAUAGAGGGAAGAAGAUUAGACUCUUCAUCAUCUGGGCUGCGGGAGGGCUGACCGUCACUGGCGGUCUGUUGCAACAGCUGCAGCCAUUCACGUCAACUGACAUUUUUUGGGACUACACCAUCAUCUUGAGAUGGACGGUGCUCGACAUAUCCAUGGGCAUCGUGACGGCCUCACUACCGGUGCUUGACGCGGCCAUCAUGGGAUCGUGGCAUGCGGCGAAAUCUACACUUGGGCUCUCCAAUCCAGACAAGCAGAACAGCAGGGGGACGAAAGGUACCAGAGGAACAAACGUCGAGACAAUCAGUUCCGGGCCACGAAAGAAUUAUGCCAGCUCGGCCGAGAACAUCGUCGGCAAGGACGACAGCCUUGAGAUGGACGUUAUUCAACACAACGGACCCGACGAUACGGGUGACAAUCACUCGAUUCCAGACACUACGGGCCAUGAUAGACGGCACAGGGUCAAUAACAUGGUAUGA